CUAUAUAGUAAAUUCGUGGACAGUGGAGAUGCAAGGGAAACGGGGUUCAAAAGGCAGCGGUUGAUGGAUCAGGGGUCUUCGUAUUAUGGUACUCCUCCCGGUCCAAGUUAUAUGUACAAUGCUCCACCUCCACCACCUCCUGCAUAUUCUUACUAUCCCCCGCCAUUCCCAGUGGUUCGGCUUCGAGGCCUACCCUUUGAUUGCACGGAGGCUGAAAUUGUUGAUUUCUUCCAUGAUUUAGAUGUGGUAGAUGUCCUGUUUGUCCACAAGGGGGGCAAGUCCACUGGGGAAGCUUAUUGCGUUUUGGGUUAUCCUCUUCAAAUAGAUUUCGCCCUGCAGAGGAAUAGGGAAACUAUUGGUAGGAGAUAUGUUGAGGUUUUUCAAAGCAGAAAGGAUGAGUACUAUAAGGCCAUAGCAAAUGAAGUUUACGAUUCUCAGGGUGGUUCAUCUCGUCGUGGUGUUACCAGGGCUAGAUCUUUUGAUGAGAGGAAGGACAUGGGUGAACCUACAACUGUAUUACGAAUGAGGGGAUUGCCGUUUUCAGCUGGCAAGACUGACAUAAUAGAUUUCUUUAAGAAUGCUAUCUUGUCAAAAGACUCGAUUUAUAUUACCUAUAAUUUUGAUGGGAGGCCAACCGGAGAAGCUUUUGUUGAAUUCGCAAAUGUAGACGAAGCAAAAGCAGCACUAGCUAAGGAUAGGAUGACUCUUGGCAGUCGUUAUAUAGAGCUAUUUCCAGCAUCACUUGAUGAGUUGAAGGAAGCAACUUCAAGGGGCUGAUGAGCUAUUUUCCCAUAUUCUAUUUUGAUAUCGUUAUAACGUCACAUUAUGUAUGAAAUUUGUGUUUUAAUUUUAUAUUGAGUUUUGGGUUUUUUCUUUUUUUAACAGGAAACAAUGAUGGAAUUAGAAUUAGAUGUUGUUUCUUGGAUUUUUUUGCAAGAAAUUAUUGUUUUGGUUGUCUUUGAAAUCCACAGCUUAUUUGGUUUUUUCGUU